UAGUGUAAGAUUCGAAAGAGUCAAUCUUCGCUUCUUCCAAAAUUUAGCACUAGAACUUGUCUGUUAAAAGGUACAUCGAGAAUACCAGAACUAAACUCUCCGAUAAAGAGACGAACUUUGCCGAAGCUCCUUAGCUCUGUAGGGUUCGUACUUCAUCGUCUUCCUGGAUAAAGGUUACCGUCUGAGUUCUCCAAUCAUUUGUGUGUAAAUCCAUGGCGUCAAUGCAGUUUUCUGGGUCCGGAGUGGCGGCUGUGAAGAGGGGCGUGCCUUCCUUCGAUGGGCUCCGCCUUGCCCCCUCUACGUUUAGGGUCUCUUACUCAGUGGGUGCUUGUGGGCUGGGGCUCGACCGGCGUUGCUUCCGGGGCCUUGUCGUCAAGGCCGCCACUGUUGUUGCUCCGAAGUACACUUCCAUUACACCUUUGGGUGAUAGAGUGCUAGUAAAGAUUAAGACUUCCGAGGAAAAAACCACUGGAGGGAUAUUGCUUCCAUCAACUGCUCAGUCAAAACCACAAGCAGGUGAAGUUGUUGCCAUAGGAGAGGGAAGAACCAUUGGCAAGAAGAAAAUAGAAAUUGGUGUUCAGACUGGAACCCAAGUAGUAUAUUCCAAAUAUGCUGGCACAGAGUUGGAAUUCAAUGGAUCCAACCAUCUUAUUCUGAAGGAAGAUGACAUGGUGGGUGUUCUUGAUACUGAUGAUGUCAAGGAUCUUAAGCCCCUUAAUGAUCGUGUUCUGAUUAAGGUUGCAGAAGCUGAGGAGAAAACCGCAGGUGGCUUGCUUUUGACACAGGCAACAAAGGAAAGGCCUUCCAUUGGGACGGUGACUGCGGUUGGCCCUGGUCCCUUGGAUGAAGAGGGCAAUAGAAAGCCAUUGCCCUUAACUCCAGGGAGUACUGUGCUGUACUCCAAGUAUGCUGGUAAUGAAUUUAAGAGUGCUGAUGGCUCUGAUUACAUUGCUCUGAAGGUGUCUGAUGUGAUUGCUGUUCUCUCAUAAGCUUAUCUUUAUGCUAGACAUAGAGGCGCAAGGUUUUGGGCAGAGUCAAAAGGUGAUGACAGGUGUUGCAUUAAUUAUGUAAUUUGCUGAACGUUAUCACUCAUGUUAGUCUGAUAUUUAAGCUGUUCUUUGCUAUUGAAAGAAACAUUUUGGGCAAAUGAUUACCAGUUGCAGACUCCA